UGCGUUUUCUCGAGAUGCUUUCAAGCAACCCGGUUGGGUCCAAGUAUUGUGGUAUAUUGUGCAUGUGCCACAGUGACUUUUAAAUAAAUGCCAAUUACACAUCAAUUAUAAUUCUAAUGCCCGUGUGCCUCCCCUCACACGCCCCUGCCCGGGUUAACAUGGUGGACGCGGACGAAAUCGCCAAGUUGUGCUACGAGCGUUUCCAGCAGCUGCCCCGGAGAGGGAAGCCUGAGCCGGGCAGAGAGUGGACCCUGCUGGCCGCGGUGCUCAGAAUCACCGGGAGGGCUAACUCUGACACAGUUGAGAAGGAGUUUGUUUCUAUGGGAACUGGGACCAAAUGUAUCGGACAGACAGCUAUGAGUCCCUCUGGUGAAAUACUGAAUGACAGCCAUGCAGAAGUCAUUGCAAGAAGGGGGUGUAUCAGGUACCUGACCCAGGAGCUGCACAGGGCUGUGAGUGGGGGGGGCAGCGCGGUGUUCUGUCAGGCGGAGGAGCAGGGGAAGUGGAGGCUCAAACCUGGAGUCUCCUUCCUCUUCUUCAGCAGCCACACUCCCUGUGGUGACGCCGCCAUUAUGGCCAUGAAUGGCAGCCAGUCUCAGCCCUGCCCCCCCAUCACAGCCGCACACAGCCCCGAAGAACAGAAAGGAAGAGGAGAUCAGAAGAGACAAGCUGAUGAAUCGAGGGAAGCAAAACACCUCAAACGUCCCCGUCAGGAGGAGCAGGGGACACAUCUGGAGGACAGAGGAGCCAGAACACCCCCCCUUCUUUCAACUUCCUGUGAAACUGAAGAUGCAUCUCAGCCCGCAAAAGAACCUGGGGAGAUGAAAAUCCCCCUCGACAGCGCAGGACUGUGUCCACACAUCCCAGACAUCCACAGGACGGGGGCCAAGUGUGUCUCCGGGGGUCCAGCUGACCCUCUGCUCCCCGGGGAGGGUUAUCACAGGACAGGGCUGCUCCGGCUGAAGCCGGGGCGGGGGGAGCCCACCCUGUCCCUCUCCUGCAGCGACAAGCUGGCCCGCUGGGGGGUGCUGGGUUUCCAGGGCGCUCUGCUGUCCCACUACUUACAAGAGGGGAUCUACUUCAGUACCGUGGUGGUGGGGGGGUGUCCGUACAGCCAGGAGGCCAUGCACAGAGCUCUGGUUACCAGGUGUUCCUGUGUGUCAGAUCUUCCUGCAGGUUUCUUCGUCCGCCCCCCCCAGCUGCUCCAGUCCAGCCUGGAGUUCCCCUUCAGCCUGGCCCAGGCGGAGCUGCACCACCAGGCAGGACAGGGACGCAUCUCCCCCUGUGGAGCAGCCAUCAGCUGGUGUAAUGUACCCGAGCAGCCACUAGAUGUCACCGCCAAUGGCUACAAACACGGAGUCACAAGGAAGGCCAUUGGCACGGCUAAAGCCAGGUCUCUGCUGUGUAAGCUGGAGCUCUUCCACUCCUUCCUGUCUCUGGUAGCAGCCACUGAGCCUGCAGCACUCCCCCCCUCCCUCAGGGGAGCAGAGCUGCACACGUACUGGGACUACAAGCAGGCGGCGCAGAGUUACCAGCAGGCCUGGCAGCAACUCCAAAGCCAGGCCUUCCCUCUGUGGCCCCGCACAGACAGGGGCCUCCUGCUGUUCCACUGAAGGCCUUCUCCUGAAACACUCUGCAGCUGAAGUGUCCUUCUCAAGCUCCAAUCUGUGGGGUCUGCUUUGGAUAAGAAUUGUUGGACUCUUCUUAGUCCCUGAUGUCACUGCAUGCAGCAGCAGGUCGCUCUGCUGUCACACUGUUCAGCAGGGGGGGGGGUGACCCGGCUCCGUGUCCUCGGAUGAAGCUUAGUUUCACAGUGUGAGACAUGUUGUGACUGCAGCUGGCUGGCUCUCAUGUUCUCAAAAACACAGCUGGACGUACCUGUCCUCAAGUGGAAAAUCUUCUGGGUUCAACUUCCUUUUUUUAUGGUCUUAUUGGUCUGAACUAGCCAGCCAAAGAUUUACACAUCACAUCAGUUUGUCAUGUUUGUAUUAACAAUUUUCUGUUGUGUUCCUUGCAGAGCAAUUAAAGGACAGGGUUUGUGUUUUGAUUUCAGCUUUUGUAACGUCUGACAAAUCUACACACAUCUGCUGUGACAGAGGGGGUUUUAUCUUGUGCGGAUUGUAAAGCCCCCACAGAUUUGUGAAAUUGUCCGUAACAAAUAAACUUCACUGGACUUGUUUUGUGUUUUGUCAUCACAAUUUGACAGGUUUGUAAAACAUUGCUCUAUAUCACUGAACAGUCACAUUUUUCAAUAAAAUAAAAAAUAUUCCUUUUUUA